CUCCUUUAACAAACAAUCUAGAAAAAAGAACACGGAGAGGAAAAAAGGAGAGAAACAAAAAAAGGAAAUCUCUUGAGUUUUAUCUCGCAUUGUUUUCAUUUUUCCCUUUGCCAGAAUGGAUCAUCCAUAGUGGCUGCGUGUGUUGUCAUGGAGGUUUCUAGGGUUUGGAGGCGUAGGCGACGAUGAGGCGGCGAUCCAGGCGGCGUUGGGGCCAGUGAUCCUCUCGAUCCGAGCGAAGGCGCCAGAGAUUUAUCGUGAUUCAGAGAUUUCUCGCUUGGAGAGCUCUCUUCUUUCAGUGUUUCGAGGAUUUGCCACAUGGUCGAGAGGCCGGAAUCGUGAUGACUGAUUUACCUGCGAGGAAGUACAGCCAGGAUGGGCGAGAUGAAACCAAUUUUCUACCGGGAGAUCCGGCAGUGAAGCACCAGCUCGGUGAGGUUGGAGACGAUUCACUUUUUAAGGUAAGGAAGCCAUACACGAUCACCAAGCAGCGAGAGAGGUGGACGGAAGAAGAACAUCAAAAGUUUCUAGAGGCUUUGAAACUCUAUGGUCGGGCAUGGCGUCGGAUUGAAGAACAUAUUGGCACCAAAACUGCAGUCCAGAUAAGGAGCCAUGCUCAAAAAUUCUUCUCGAAGUUGGAAAAAGAACAGGCAACUGGAAGCAUCGUUCCAGGUACGGCUCAAGAUAUUGAUAUUCCUCCACCUAGGCCGAAGCGAAAGCCAAGCCAUCCGUACCCGCGUAAGGCAAGCAUGGAAGUUUCUCCAGGAGCUCUUCCUAUAACAGAUUGUGACGGAAAACAGUGCCUUACCACUAUGGCAAUGGAAAAAGUACUGGAAAAAUGUCAGGAAGAGCUUAAGUUAUUCGGUCAUACAGUUGUAGUCCCUACGGUUACUCGAGCAGUGGUGGUGAACGGGCAAGUGCCGGAAGAUGCUAAAGGCGCUGAAUCUGAAGAAGUACGGGAAAAGAAUGCCUCAGACAUUAGCAUGCUGGUUUCCGAGAAUGACAGCUCGAACGGCCAAAGUGACAACCGAUUAAACAAGGAUGGAAGCUCGACGGUAGCUGAUCAACAACAGGAGCUGGCGGCGCUGUACUACUCAAAGUUUUGGGAGAGCUUGCAAGGUUCGGACAGAGUCUCGCCGCCUUAUAGCUUCUGCAACCUGGGGAUGGACCGAGGAGGUAACCCGAUGUUUCCUCUGUGGCAACCUUCAGUUUAUACUGCGGCAGCGGCAGGGACACCACACUGGCCAACCCUGCCCAAUGUCAACGACUUAACUUCGUCCGUCAUAAGAACUGUAUUGACGGGCACACCAUCUGACGUCUACAACACAGACAACUCCCCUGCUGCUUUUGCUGCUGCAACGAUCGCUGCAGCUUCAGCGUGGUGGGCAUUGCAAGGUUCUGUACAGCCGACUUUCCUUCCUCAGUGCAUGGUUCCUCAUCCAGAAGUUCACAUGACGGACAGGCAUGACCAGUGUCACGGAGGAGCGAAAAACAGGAAGCCGGACGGCAUUGAUGAAAUGCCACAAGAUGAUGACGACAACUCGAACAUUUCACCGAGUUCUAAGAGGCUGAGCAGCAGCUUCGAAAACAAGGACGCUGGAAAGAGGCGAGUGAAGUCGCGAUCUCUCAAAGAGGAUCAACCUCCUUCCUCGUCUGGAAGCGACGAUGGCAACGGGCACUGCGACGCUGGUGGACAAGGGAAUGGUGACGGAGACGCAUCUGGAAACAGCGGCCCGAGCUCCAACUCGUCCCACUGCGGCACCGCUCAAGCCACGGUCAAGAGUGAGGAGUCCUCGUCCGACAAGAAUAAGAGUGAGGGAGAAGAGGCUUUAACCGAGGAAGCUGCUUCAUUCAAAGCUCCAAGCUUCCAGCAUGCCAGCAGUCAUCACUGCUCUCGGUUCCGGAGGUUCCAGAGAAAUCCAAGGCCGGCUCGUAGCAGCGGCUCGGACGGGGAGCAACGCAAAGAAGUGUCUCAAGGGGGCCGAAUGGCGUUCCAAGCUCUCUUUUCACACCAGAAGCUACCUCAGACGUUUUCUCAGAGGAACAGUUUCCAACAGGACCAGCAGCAGCAGCAGCAUGAGAGGAAAUCUUUACCAGAGAGUGAGACGAGCGAUCUGGAGACUGUCAGCGAGUGGAGCAAACAAAACAGCAGCCUUGACAUAGACAAGAUCACGAACAACAGGACCGGCAGCAGCUUUGGAAUCUCCAGCAUGGCCUCGGAGACCAGUUUGCUCUCGUCUAUCCUCUCCAGCUCUGCGAGCAAGGGCAGAAGAAGGUCCGGGUUCGUGCCAUACUGCCGGACAACGACGAGCAACAAUGCUAGUGGUGGUGAUACCAGUGGUGGUGACUGCAAUGGUGAUGGUAAAGGCAGUGGUAGCAGUGGUGGAGGAGCAAAUCCAAAGAGAAGCAGCGCCAAUGCUCCAAGUGAUAGUACCGCUGUGAAUAACAGAUUGAACGUCGAGGAGCGAGGAUCAUCGACCUGUGCUCUUCAGGACCAUCUAGUAUCAGCUUCGUCGAGAAAUAUUGUGAGGCAUUUGAUGGAAGAGGAAGUGAAGCAAAGCUAGUGUGUGUUUGCGUAGCUUCUCUCGUUGUAUAUUAUUAUGUCCAGACCGAUCCUUGGUUCGAAUCUUC